AUGCCCAAGCCAGUCAUCGUCAUCGUGCCCGGCGCAUGGCACCGACCCAAACACUACCAAAAGCUCAUUGACGCACUGGGAACCGUUGGCUACACGGCAGUCGGGAUUACCAUGCCUUCUGUCGACUCCAGUCCCCCACAUGCCAGCUGGGAUCAGGAUGCUGCAGAAGUCCGCCGAGUGAUCAUGGAAUACCUCGAUGCAGGCAAAGACGUGAUUGCGGUCGGGCAUUCAUUUGGCGGCGUUGCCAUGUCUGAGGCUGUCAAAGGUCUGGGUAAGGGCGAUAGAGAGAAGCAGGGUUUGCAGGGGGCGGUGAUUCGACUGGUUUAUAUGUGUGCAAUGGCAUUACCAGAAGGCCAAACCUUCUUGGGCCAAAUGGUACCCGCCACCCCCGAGGAAGAGGAAAUUGAAAAACAAAAGAAGAGCUUUGAAGCGCAGCACAAGAAGAUGGAGACUACGGCGGAUGGUGCGAUCCUUCUCGACAAGGAUGUCGUCCGGGAGGUCUUCUAUAACCGUUGUGACCCCGAGGAGGUACAGAAAGCUCUCGAUCUCUUGGGAUCGUUUCCUCCUGGUCCCAUGGCUGUGCCCGUGACGUAUUCGCCUUUUCUUGAAUUUCCAUGCACAUACAUCAAGUGCAAGAACGACCGGGCUUUACCAGUGUCAGUACAAGGGCGAAUUAUUGCCCAGGCUGAGGGGGCAUUUGAUGUGGAAGAGUGUGAGGAAGGCCAUUCCCCGUUUAUGAGCAAUCCGGGCUUUAUUGUGGAGUGUCUGCGUCGGGCAGCAGAUGAUAUCUAA